CUCCCUUUCUCUAUCUCUAUUUUUUAACAACAAUAAACAAGCAUGAUAUACCUUGUUGGCACUGUACUCCGUUUAGAAAUCGGGGAAGCUUAGUUUUCCCCGCUGUCAGAAAUAAGAAAACUUUUUUUUCAUCUUUUUGUAGUCAAUCUUAACCAAAAUGUCAUUAGAAGCAAUUGUUCAUCUCGACGAACCUUAUACUCAUCAAGCUGUUGUCAGAGCCUUAAAGAAUUCAAAGCGUCUGGACUGGAACGUGGUGGAAGAAGUAACGGAAGCCAACGCCGAGAGUUGUCCUGCCAACGUGAAACUUCAGUGGCUUGAAUAUGAAUUGAUCGAUUGGCACCAUGUUGCCAAACAUGACACAGAUAGUCUUGCUAAUGCCUACUGCAUUCGCAAAGGUUUGAUUCGUAAAUCCCAAUUAGCUUACAACAUGACCAAAUAUCUUUCCAAACACCCCAACAGCAUUUUGAAGGAAGCGAUCCCCGAAACAUGGCAAUUCGAGCUGGAUCAUGUGGAUUAUUUCGACGAAGCCAUGAAUGAAGUCUUUGAGGUUGAAAGAGAUUUAGAAGCGGAUGAAAAUCAUAUGUUUAUCAUUAAACCUAGUAUGGCAAACAAAGCAGCCGGUAUCAAGGUGUUCAAUUCAAUGGAUCAGUUACGUGCUAUAUUUGAGGAACCUGAAUCUGACAGCGAAGAAGAAGAGGAUGAUGAGGAUCAGGAAGAUCUUUCACAAGUGCGUGAAUGGGUUAUCCAACGUUAUAUUCAUAACCCUUUGUUGGUCAACAAACGUAAAUUUCAUAUCCGUGCCUAUGUCAUGGCCAAAUCUAAUAUCCAAGUAUACCUCUAUCGUGAUAUGUUGGCUUUAUUCGCCAUGAAGGAGUACGAUACAAGCAAUUUGGACGACAAUUUAAUUCACUUGACAAAUACUUGUAUUCAAACAGAGGAAGAAGAAUAUAAUGAAGCAUCCUCUGUCAAAUUAUUCUGGGAAUUACCCUUGAAAGAAAGCGAAUUGAAUCAUAUCUUUGAACAAAUGAAGAAGAUUUUGGCUGAUGUGUACGAUGCCUGUGCCAGUGAAAUGACUACCUUCCAAGCUAUUCCCAAUGCCUUUGAAUUGUUUGGAAUUGAUUUUAUGAUUGAUGAGGAUUUAAAGGUUUACUUUUUAGAGGCCAAUGCGUUCCCCGACUUCAAACAAACUGGAGGUAAAUUACAACACAUCAUUCAAGAAUUAUUCGAGUCUACAAGCCGUGUGGCUAUUGAACCUUUUUUCACGGAUGGAAAAGAAGUACACGACGAAAAGAUGAUUAAAGUAUUUGAAAAAGAGUUGUUAUCUUUAUAGGAAAUAAUAAAAAAAGACAAUGAGGGAUUUUUUUUUAAUACAAGUGGUAAUAAUUUGGAGUGAAUGAAGGAGGAUGUGGAGAUGCGGGAUGAUAGAAACUUGAGUCAUCGUCAUCAUCGUAAUAAGGGUUAUACUGAUAAUAAUUUAAAGCAUUAGCAGUAUUAUUAUAAUAAUCUUGUUGACGCAAUCCUUGUUGAUAAAACAUCAAUUGCUGAUGUUGUAACUCAAAGAAACGUUCUUGCUCCUGCUGGCGUUGCAUUAACAAAUCAUGUCGUCUUUGUCUUUCCCAC